UCAGUUCUGAGCAGCGCGAACCCCGGCCGCUGCUGCACUUUGUCUAUUCUUCUGUCUUCCGGUUUCUAUCCGUUAGAGGGGCGCGUGGGCCAUAGGUAGCCCACAGGCCAGAACCGGCAAGAAGUUCGAGUUUCUGUGUGAGUUCCUAGUUGGGAGUACAAGGCAGAGGCUUUACCUUGUUCCUCCCCAUCCUCUGCGACAGAGCAAGGGAUCUGAAGGCAGGUGCCCUAAGCCAGAGCCACAUUCGGACGCAAACGGGGUACCUCAGGGCACGGUGGGGAGGGAACCGGAGGAAGCCGACGCCUGACAGUUCAGUCCAUCAUGCCCCUUAAAUCUGAUGUGUUGAGUCAAGAUGAACUUCGCAAAAAGCUGUACCAGACGUUUACAGAUCGAGGUAUACUGGACACACUCAAGAUGCAAGUCAGAAACCAGCUGAUUCAUGAACUGAUGCACCCUGUACUGAAUGGCAAGGUGCAGUCCCCAUCCACUUCAGUGGAAGAGAGCUGCCUGUUAAUAGAAGCCUCCAACUUUCUAGUAGCCAGUCACUUACAGAGAUGUGGCUAUGAGUAUUCGCUUUCUGUCUUCCUUCCUGAAAGUGGUUUGGCAAAAGAAAAGGUAUUUACUAUGCAGAAUCUAUUACAUCUUUUUAAAAUCAGUCCUGAAUCCAGUCUCUACAAGUCACUGAUUUCAGGAUUUGAUAAAGAAAACCAAAAAGGUUUUCUCAUUAUGUUUCUGAAAGAAUUGGCAGAAUUUCAUCAAAAUAAAGAGAGUUGCAAUAUGGAAACUCAGACAAGUUCAACAUUUCCCAUUGAAGACUCUCUUGUGGAGAAGCUUCAGCUUAUUGACAAUGAGUUUGCUGGUGCUUGCCGUCAACAUCCAAAGUUAGAAUCCUUAGAAAUCAAGUUGAAUGAAUGUAAGAGGAAAAUAGAACAGCAGCUACGGGCAGAAAUUAAUCAGGAGAAUGAAACAAAAGAAAUCUAUGCCCAAAGACAGCUUCUACUAAAAGACAUAGAUUUGCUGAGAGACAGAGAAGCUGAGCUGAAGCAGAGAAUUGAAGCCUUUGAAUUGGCCCAGAAGCUACCAGAAAAAAACAAAUGCAUGACUGAUGGACUGAUGAGGCAAGAGAUGAAUAUAAAGAGCCUUGAGGAGACCUAUGACCAGAAGCUGAAGAACAGACUUCUUAAGUAUCAGCUUGAACUGAAGGAGGACUACAUCACUAGAACUAACAGACUGAUGGAAAGUGAAAGGAAGAAUGAAGAAAAAGCUAUACAUUUGCAAGAGGAACUUGCAGCUCUUAAUUGUAAAAAGGAAGAACUCAGUCAUUCAGUAAACUGUGUAAAAGAACUUGAGCUUGAGAUGGAGUCUGUUAAAGCUCACUGUUUGGCAUUAACAAAGCAAAACCACAUGCUAAGUGAGAAGGUUAAAGAGAUGAGCAACUAUUCACUACUGAAAGAAGGAAUACUGGAGCUUCAGGCGCAAAAUAAACUACUUAAACAACAAGUGGAAGACAUGAAAAGUGAAAACUUGCAUCUCCUAAAUCGCCUAGCUCAGCCAUCUCCAGAGCUACUAAUUUUUCAGAAAGAAUUAAAGAAAGCAACACAAGCUGUUGCAUCUGAGCAUAAGGAGUUCGAAACCCACAAACAAGCUCUGCAAAAACAGCUUCAAAAUGAAAUUGAGCACUCCACCCAGCUGAAGGCCCAGAUAUUAGAAUAUGAUGCUUCUUUCAAGAGGUUAACUGUGCAGGUUACCGAUUUAAAAUCACAACUGAAACAAACUCAAAUAGCACUAGAGAAUGAAGUAUACUACAACCCGAAGCACUCUCUUCAGAAUUGCUCCAUCAGCACAUUACUGAGCACCAGGGUUCAUGAGAGUAACAUCAACCGAGAUUUCUUGAGAAACCCUCUGAAAAAAGAGGAGGCAACAGCAGGUCCAGUUACAUCACAGAUCCCAGCUUACCCAAAUGCCAGCAGAGAGGUCAGUUCCCCCGAUUCUGACCUUGAGUUUGUAGCCAGUGCCAAGGACAGGGUGAGAAAGCUGGAGCAGGAGGCAGAGAACCUGGAAAAAACUUUCCAGAACUACCAUCAAAGGGUCCGUUGGUGCCCUGCCAAGAGCCUGUUGGCAGUCAGAAGCCCACCUACCCUGUACCUGCCAGGGACUCUCAAGAACGUCACUACAGCUGCUCCCGAGAGGUGUGUUUUUGUGGACAACAGAGUCACCUCUCAGCAGCCUCUGGUAAGCACAUGUGAAGGGGACAAGAGUGUGGUGUCCGAGGUGCCCAGCAGUAUUGCCUCAAGGUCAUGCAAGAGUGUAGUCUCCAGAUGGCUCUCCUCCACGCCACUCCCCAGCGCAAGAAGCCAUGAUAGUGAAAUGUACCUGGAAGGUCUGAGCCGGUCCCCAGUCGCUGCUCCCUGUCCUGACAGAAAGUCACAGCCAUCACUUGGUGAGUCCAAGUGCAGCCUUUCUGUGCACUCACUCUCCAGCCCUCCAGAGCAGAAGGCCUGUCUUCAUCAGAGACAACCAGAGCUUCAAGACAAAAGUGAAUUUUCAAAUCCACAGAAGCUAAGUUUUAAGGAUAAUGAGGAAUUUAAACCAUCUUUUGAAUAUGUCAUCCAGAAACCACCUGAAGAAUGGAAGAAAGAAGAUAAACUUUGGGAACAGCAGGCCAAGCAACAAAGGCAGGAAGAGCAGAGGCAGACCAAACAGCAGGAAACUCUGCAGAGGGAGUGGGGAGAACUUGAAAUGCUGGAUCAGGAAAGGAGGCUAAUUGAAGUUGGAAACGAAAAAAACUUCAAAAUGAGUGUUCAGGAAAUGAAAGACAAAUCUAUAUCUGUUAGUGGUGAAAAUCCUCUAGAGAAAUACAUGAAAAUCCUACGACAGAAUCAAGACCAGGACACUACAGAUAAGGUGUGGAUGCUGUGGACAGGUGUCUGUGGGUGGGGAGUACUGAGGGCUUCUGUGGUUUACUUGAAACCUGGGGAUAACGAUCUGCCUUCUCUGUUAGAGACAAAGGGAGAAGUAUAGAAAAUCUGAAGGUCACAUAGAGCUCCAGCCUUCUCAAUAUCUGUAACUCGUGACAAAAUGUCAUGGCUUUUGUUUGAGUAAAUGAUUUGUCAAAGUUUGUAUAAGUUGAGAUGUGUCUUAAGAACAAUAACUAAAUAUAUUGGAAGCUCUAUGAUGAAAUGACAAAUGUGUUAGUCCUAAGACUAAUAUUUUAUCUGAGUCUAAUAUACUGUGUUGAGAAUGCUUUCCAUGCAGUUUAUUCUGGUGUGCUUGCAGAAUAUCAUGUUUAAAAGUCACUGCCUUUAUAGAAUCUUCAGUUACACACAUAUUUCAAAAAUAGUUCCUAGAGAAAUCAUAAAGGGUUCAAUAAAAUGAAUACAGAUCUAA